AUGGCAGGCCUAGAUGAAGACACCAUAGACGACAUCCUCUACCUCGCGCGCACAAAUGAGGCAACUGAGCUCGAUUCGUUUCUCUCCGAACUGUCAGCCAAGGCCAAGCAGUCCAAGGCCGAAUUACUGACCGCGGCCAUCGAUCCGUAUUCUAAGAACAGCGCACUGCAUUAUGCUGCUGCCAACGGUCACAAUGACGUCAUCAAAUUGCUCUUGUCGACCAGCACGGACAAGCCUCGCCCAGAGUUCCUUAAUGCAGUCAACGAAGCAGGAAACACCCCUCUCCACUGGGCAGCGCUGAAUGGCCACCUUGAAAGCGUCAAACUUCUCAUAAAUUCUGGUGCCGAUGUUACCAUUGUGAACCAAGCAGGCCACGACGCCGUGUACGAGGCAGAGAUUAACGACAAGAAUGACGUAGUUGACUGGCUGCUUGGCGCCGUUGAAGAACUGGAAAAGGGUAUCGGCCAGACCGGUGAGGGGUCGGCCGGAGAGAGUGCUGACGAGGAUAUGGGCGGUGUCAAUAUGGAUAGUGCAGAGGGCGAUAAGACAUCCCCACAGCAGACAGUUGGGUCAGCGGUGGAGAAUGCCCGGCAACAGAUGGAGCACUUGAAUACCCAGAAUAGCAUGGCAAAGGAUGAUUGA